AUGGAAGCAUUAUAAUCAUUAAAAAAUAAACUAUCCAUUUUGGAAUAGCAAGUUGCAUAAAAAUAACUAAAACUAGAUGAUGACCAAUUGCAUUUGUAGCAAUUACAAAAUGUGGAGGAAUAUAACUCUCACAAAAUAUGCAAAGGAAGCAAAAUCAGAAUUACCAUUUUCGAUGCUGCAAUUCAAUUCCCAGGACAUUCUAGAGUGGCAAUCAUUUUGGGUUGUGAUGAUAAGAAGUACUCCACCAAACCAGCAAAUAGACAAGCACCAGCUUGGAAUGAAAAAUUUGAAUUCAAUAUUAGCACAGGAGACGAGGAAAUCUAUAUUGUGAUAUUGGAUGAAGAGUUGAUAGAAAAGCAAGAAAUUGGCGGAUAAGCAAAACUCAAUUUAAAGGAAUUUCACGAUCAAAAGCCUCAUGAUAUUUCAUUAUAGUUGAAAGAUAAGUAUGGUGUCGUUCUGUAUUCCACUCUAAACUUAAGAGUUCAAUGGAUCCAUUCAUAAACCAAAUAUUUCAAAGAGUCAAUCAAAGAAAAUCAAUAAGUUAUUGAUGACUUAGCCUAAGAUAUCAACGAAUAUAAAAGUGACAUUCUCUAACUCUUUUAUCCAUUUGAUGAGAAACAUCAAAAUUAACCAAAUGAGAAAUAUCUUGUAACUGAACAAUCCACAGUGUAACAGGUCCAUGAUUUUCAAUUUUAUGAUACUACUCAAGCAUAACUUUGGGUUAAAUUAGCAUUGGCUUUUACGUUGAUCUACUUCGUAUUAGUCCUAAUUGCUAACCUAUUUAAGACACAGUUUGUAGAUUUAAUAGUAUUAUUUUAUAGUUUAUUCUACUAUAUGAAUAAUAAUAAGUUAUAAUCACUCUUACACUUUAAAAUAAUCUCAGCUAUGAUUAUUGUGACAAUUAUUUUUGAUAUUGUUUGGUUUAUUAUUUACACUAAUCCUUGGACAACCAAUAGUGUUCUCUUUUUUGAAUUGGAAAACGGUCUCUAAAUGUAUGAAGUAAUUAUCUCAUACAUCUUACUUGGCAUCAAAGUGAUAUUACUGUGUAUUUAUGCUAACUUAUACCUUAUGUGUCCAGACAAAAGAGUCAAUAUCUACGAUGCUCAAUAUGAAAUGAUAUUUGGACCUAAUUUACAAAAAAGCGAAGAUAGCAAGAAUCAAGAUGCGUAUAGCUUCAGAAAUACAAAUCAUUAUCUGCAUUAAUCAUUUUCUAAAAAUAUCUGA